AUGGUUAAAUAUAAUGCUAUUUUAUUCAUAUUUGUAUCUGUUGUUUGGUUAUCAAUAAUUUUCUUGGUGAGCGAUGCCUUCGAAAGUGAUGAUGAAAGCAGUAAAACUUACAUAGUGUACAUGGGCUCAAUUCCUAAAGGAACAUCAUAUUAUCCAACCUCUCAUCAUCUCAGCAUGUUGCAACAAGUCAUUGAUGGUAGUAAUGUGGAAAAUCACCUAGUUCGAAGUUACAACAGGAGCUUCAGUGGUUUUGCUGCCAUACUUAAUGACCAACAAAGGGAAAAGCUUAUUGGCAUGAGAGGCGUGGUCUCCGUUUUUCAAUGCCAAAAUUAUCAUCUAAAAACUACAAGGUCGUGGGACUUUCUUGGAUUUUCUCAAUCAAUCAAAAGAGAUCAAAUCGUUGAGAGUGGUUUGGUGACUGGAGUCAUAGAUGGCGGAAUAUGGCCAGAAUCUGAAAGUUUUACGGACAAAGGCCUUGGUCCCAUUCCGAAAAAGUGGAGGGGAGUUUGUGCAGGCGGUGCUAAUUUCACUUGCAACAAGAAGAUUAUUGGAGCACGUUCGUACGGCGGUGACCAGAGUGCAAGAGACUAUGGUGGUCAUGGAACCCACACGGCAUCAACGGCAAGUGGAAGAGAGGUGAUGGGAGUGAGCUUUUAUGGUCUUGCAAAAGGCACCGCAAGAGGUGGAGUCCCAUCUUCAAGGAUUGCUGUAUACAAAGUAUGCAACACAGAUGGUACUUGCAAUGGAAAUGAUAUUUUAGCUGCAUUUGAUGAUGCCAUUGCUGAUGGAGUUGACAUUAUCACAAUCUCAAUUGGGAACCCAAUUGCUGUAGAAUUUCUAAAAGAUCCUAUUGCCAUUGGUUCUUUUCAUGCCAUGGAAAAGGGAAUACUCACGGUGCAGGCUGCAGGGAACAGUGGUCCUAAACCAAGUAGUGUUUCUAGUAUAGCGCCUUGGUUAUUUAGUAUUGCCGCAACUACCAUAGAUCGUCAAAUCAUUGAUAAGCUCAUUCUUGGAAAUGGAAAGACUUUUAUUAAUGAGAGAAAUCUUACACAAAUUCCGCAACUACCAAGUAGUGUUCUAGUUCAAUCUUACACAAAUUCCACAAAAUACCCUAUAGCUGAAAUUUUGAUGAGAGAAAUCUUUCAUGACAAAAAUUCUCCUACAGUUGCUUCUUUCUCUUCUCGUGGCCCAAAUCAGUUGGUUCUAGAAAUUAUGAAACCAGAUAUAAGUGCCCCAGGAGUGGAUAUCUUGGCCGCAUAUUCACCUAUAGCGCCACUCUCAGGCAAUAUAAAUGACAAAAGACAUGUCAAAUACAACAUAAAAUCUGGAACCUCUAUGGCAUGUCCUCACGUUGCUGGAGUUGCUGCAUAUGUGAAAUCAUUUCAUCCAGAUUGGUCGCCAGCAUCUAUCAAAUCUGCCAUCAUGACCACGACAAAACCGGUUAAUUGUACUUAUAAUGAUUUGGCAGGUGAGUUUGCUUAUGGAUCUGGGAAUGUCAAUCCAAAACAAGCUAUUGACCCUGGACUUGUUUAUGACAUCACUAAGGAAGAUUAUGUUCAGAUGCUUUGUAAUUAUGGUUAUGAUGCUAACAAAAUUAAACUUAUUAGUGGAGAAAACUCAAGUUGCCAUAGAGCUUCCAAUAGAUCCUUUGUGAAAGAUAUAAACUAUCCAGCACUAGUGAUUCCUGUUGAGUCUCAGAAAAGUUUCAAUGUCAAGAUUCAUAGAACAGUUACAAAUGUUGGCUCUCCCAACUCAAGGUACAUGGCUAAUGUCAUCCCAAUUGAAAAUAUAAGCAUUAGUGUGGAGCCAAAAAUUCUCUCAUUCAGAUCAUUGAAUGAGAAACAAUCAUUUGUUGUCACUGCUGUCGGGGGAGCAGACUCAAAACGAAUGGUGUCUUCCUCCUCACUUGUUUGGUCAGAUGGCACCCACAGGGUGAAGAGUCCAAUCAUUGUGCAAAGACUAUCCUAAACAUGUUAUUGCUAUAUUAUAGAAACUAAA